AUGGGCAUCAACAAGCUACCGGAUUAUAAACUUUAUUGGAGUAAAAACAAGUUCUUGGCAAAUGCGGGUUUUCAGAAUGUCAUGCCAGUAAAAUGGUAUGAAAAACUCACUCAGUAUCUACAUUGUAGUUCAGUUACUGAUGACAAUGAUCAAUUAUCUAAAAUCCGUGCCUUGUUGGACAUGGUGUCAGAGAACAUAAAUAAGUCAUACAGUCCAGGGCAGUACCAAACAAUUGAUGAAGGGAUGAUUGCCUACAAAGGCCGCCAUACGGCUAAACAGUAUAUACCAUCAAAACCUGUUCGCUGGGGCCUUAAGUUGUGGUUACGCUGCGACAGUGUGUCUGGUUUUUGUCACCAGUUUGAGGUGUAUAUGGGGAGAGCAUGUGGUCAGCGACAGAGUAUUCCGCUGGGCCGGGGUGUGGUAGAGAGACUUACCGAGAGUCUUGUUGGCAAGACCUUGCAUGUAUUUUAUGACAGUUUCUUCACAUCGAUAACAUUAGCUAAAGUUCUGUUAUCAAAAAAAAUCUUCUCCUGUGGCACUAUAGUAAGGACCAGGAAGGACUUUCCCACGGACUUGAAGUCCCUCCCCACACUUAAAGGGGAUUAUCUCAUCAGACAGGAUGGACAAUUGACGGCCACCGUCUGGAUGGAUAUGAGACCCGUGGCUGUGCUAGCGACGAAUUCUUCUCCGCUACAUGAAAGUGCACCCGCCUCACGGAGACUGAAGGACGGAUCUACAGUGAUAGUUCGCCGUCCCGAGUCCAUCGCAAAUUACCAGAAUUAUUUCCGAGGGGUGGAUAUUUUUGAUCAGAUCGAAGUACACUAUAGGUAG